AUGCUGGCGUUGCUUCGUGUGAUGCUGAUAAUGGGCGUAAAAGAGGAUUACUUCGAUGGCAUCACUGAAGCUGACAGGAGACCUGACAGGAGCAGAUGUCAAGGAAAAUAUCAGGGCGCUAAUGAUUCGGAAUUGAACGCCUUAGCAACAAUUCCUUGCAGUAAAAUACCUUGCGGAAAAACGUCCUACGGUGAAAACUCCAGCAGCAAAAAGUCAUACAGUGAAAACUCCAGCAGCAGAACGUUCUAUGGCAAAAAGUUCUACAGCAAAAAGUCUCGCAGCAAAAAUUCCUACAAGAAAACUUCCAGUGGCAAAAAGUCCUACAGCAAAAACACCAGCGGUAAAAAUUCCUACGUCGAAAACUCCAGCAGUAAAAAGUCCUACGGCAAAAACUCCAUUGUUAAAAAGUUCUACGGUGAAAAGUUUAAUGGCAAAAAGUCCUACGACGAACACGACAACGGCAAAAAUUCCUACGGCGAAAACUCCAGCGGCAAAAAGUCCUAUGGCAAAAACUCCGCCAGCAAAAAGUUUUAUGGCAAAAAGUCCUAUGGCAAAACCACCAACGGCAAAAAGUCCUAUGGCAAAACCACCAACGGCAAAAAGUCCUACUGUGAAAAUUCCAGCGGCAAAAAUUCCUACGGCAAAAACUCCAGCAGCAAAAAGUUCUACGGCAAAAAUUCAUACAGUGAAAACUCCAGCGGAAAAAAUUGCUAG